GUGUCGGGAUUGGAAUGUUACCGACUAACAAUCGGAACAACUGAGCACUCGGUAACUGGACGCUAAGAUCAAGGAAUCCCGUCUUUUGAACAUUUUCCUAGCUAUUUACCCGGUCUGAGGUUAGCGCCUGUUUGCUUCGUGUGGACCGGAUAACUUCGCCUGCUGCGUGGCUCCCCGCCGAUGAGGUUUUAAUUUGAUAUCAGCGCGUUUGAGGGUAUGUGGCGAGGUUGUAAUAAAUAAGAAGAGAAAUGCAGGGAUUCGUCAGGUUACAGUUGUACCGCUGAGCUGCCCCUGCGCUACUACGCUUCCCCGGUUUUCUUUUUUUUUUGUUGCUUCUCUUCACACGGGACCAUGGAGUGAUAAAAGAGGGGGAAUAGGACGAAAUCACCCGGAGGCAUUUGGUUUCGAGCGCGGCGGCCACACCGUUGGGUUUUUGCACUCCCUGGUCAAUGUGUUACCGAGUUUAACAUCCAAAGCCCAAACCGGGGCAUACCUUUCCGUCUGGGAGAGCCUCGGGGACCCCUGCCGCUGUUUACCCGCUGGAGAGAGUUCCCAGACGGCUGUCGGACAGCUUUCCGUUUGAAUUGCCCUGUACGGCCAGCCUGAAUGAGGCUGAGAAGAAGCGCCGGGGAAGAGAGUCGCUGCAUGUGAUUGUGUCCGAGAGGGUCCGCUGGCCAGCGCUGAGCUUUUUAGUCACCCCAGCCCCGCUGUAGGCGCUGUGAGAUAUGGUGAAACUCUACAGAAGAGGGAGAACGGGACAAUACUUUUAAAAAUCGCCCACAUGCACUGGAUCAAUUGCUGGAUUUGGGAACCGAUUAAGCAGAAGGAGGGUUGGGGAUCCUUGGAGGCUGCCGGAGGAUGGAGCGGUGUAGCCGGGGUUGGUGAGAGCCUAACUUCGGGCCACUUUACAUUUCUUAUUCCUAAACAAUUCGCCCCUGUUCCCAGGACACAUGCAGGCCAAAAAACGCUACCUGAUCCUGCUCUCCGCCGGUGCAUGUCUAGUGCUUCUCUUCUACCUCGGAGGGGUUCAACUUCCAGCGGCGAGCAGGAGCCGGCAUGACCGCAGCCGAAAUGGGUACCGGCCCGACCAGCCCUGGCCUCACUUCUCGGACCCUUUACACCUUUUCCUGCCCUGGGAUCAGACGGACACCGAGGAGUACAACCUGCACAUAUCUCCAAGGCAUAAGAGGGACGUCAACACGAGUGUUUACAAAGGCAAACGGUGCCGCAUGGAUUCAUGCUUUGAUUUCUCUCUGUGUCAAAAGAACGGAUUCAAAGUGUACGUUUACCCGCAGCAGAAGGGGGAGAAGAUCUCCGAGAGUUAUCAGAAUAUUUUAUCGACCAUUGAGGGGUCAAGGUUUUACACCUCAGACCCCGGACAGGCGUGUCUGUUCGUCCUGAGUUUGGACACUCUGGACCGAGACCAGCUGUCCCCACAAUACGUCCACAACCUGAAGACCAAGGUCCAGAACCUGCCUCUGUGGAACGACGGCAGGAACCACCUCAUAUUUAACUUGUACUCGGGGACGUGGCCGGACUAUACGGAAGACUUGGGCUUUGACAUCGGCCAGGCCAUGUUGGCCAAAGCCAGUAUCAGCACCGAGAACGUCAGGCCCAACUUCGACGUGUCCAUCCCCCUCUUCUCCAAGGAGCACCCGAGGACCGGCGGAGAGAGGGGGUACCUCAAGUACAACUCCAUCCCGCCUUUUAGAAAAUACAUGCUGGUGUUCAAGGGGAAGCGUUACCUGACAGGUAUCGGCUCGGACACCAGGAAUGCCUUACAUCACGUCCACAACGCAGAGGACGUGGUGCUGCUCACCACCUGCAAGCAUGGCAAGGACUGGCAGAAGCACAAGGACGCGCGCUGUGACAAGGACAACGCAGAGUAUGACAAGUACGACUACAAGGAGAUGCUUCACAACUCCACCUUCUGUUUGGUGCCCCGCGGCAGACGACUGGGCUCCUUUCGCUUCCUCGAGGCGCUGCAGGCUGCGUGUGUGCCGGUGAUGCUGAGUAACGGUUGGGAGCUGCCUUUCUCCGAGAUCAUUGACUGGAACACAGCCGCAGUGAUCGGCGACGAGAGGCUCCUGCUGCAGAUCCCGACCACAGUGCGCUCCAUCCACCAGGAUAAGAUCCUGUCCCUCAGACAGCAGACUCAGUUCCUCUGGGAGGCCUACUUCUCCUCUGUGGAAAAGAUAGUGCUGACCACACUGGAGAUCAUCCAGGACCGUGUGUUUGAGCACGGCUCCAGGAGCAGCCUGAUGUGGAACAGUCACCCUGGGGGACUUUUCGCCCUGCCGCAGUACUCAGGAUACCUGGGAGACUUCCCCUUCUACUACGCCACACUGGGUAUUAAACCGUACCCCAAGUUCACAGCGGUCAUCCAUGCCGUCUCGCCUCUGGUGUCUCAGUCCCAGCCCAUACUCAAGCUCCUGGUAGCUGUGGCCAAGUCCCAGUACUGUGCACAGAUCAUUGUCCUGUGGAAUUGUGACAAGCCUCUCCCGGCCAAGCACCGCUGGCCUGCCACCUCAGUGCCCGUCAUCGUCAUCGAGGGAGAGAAUAAGGUGAUGAGCAGUCGUUUCUUGCCCUACGAGACCAUAGUGACCGAUGCUGUCCUCAGCCUGGAUGAAGACACAGUGUUGUCCACCACAGAGGUGGACUUUGCCUUCACGGUCUGGCAGAGUUUUCCAGAGCGAAUCGUAGGUUACCCCGCUCGUAGCCACUUCUGGGACAGCAACAAGGAGCGUUGGGGCUACACAUCCAAAUGGACCAACGAUUAUUCAAUGGUGCUGACUGGGGCCGCCAUCUAUCACAGAUAUUACCAUUACCUGUACACCAACUACUUACCCACUAGUCUGAAGGGCAUGGUUGACCAGCUGGCCAACUGUGAGGACAUCCUGAUGAACUUCCUGGUCUCUGCUGUCACCAAGCUGCCGCCCAUCAAGGUUACACAGAAGAAACAGUACAAGGAGACAAUGAUGGGACAGUCUUCAAGAGCUUCUCGCUGGGCCGAUCCGGACCACUUUGCCCAACGGCAAACCUGCAUGAACAAGUUCGCCAGCUGGUUUGGCGCCAUGCCUCUGGUCCACUCCCAAAUGAGACUGGACCCCGUCCUGUUCAAGGACCAGGUCUCCAUUCUCCGCAAGAAAUACAGGGACAUCGAGAGGCUCUGACAGGACCGGCGCCCCCUAGGGGGAGACCCUACACAGGGGGAGGCACACGAGAGAGACCCUGUGGAGAGUAGUAGUAGGACUACAGCAGGAUGGACAGGGAGCGACACAGCUCUGUCUUCCACUCAGCACAUUGCCAAUGACCACAGCGCCGCUGCUGCCAGGACUUGACAUGGAAAGGGAUGAAUGGGAAACAAGCAGAUGGCGUUUGGAUAUGAAAAAUACAAACAAAAAUCUCAAACACAGACAGACAAAGAGGAGUACACAAACUGAUGGACAUGCCAAACAGUACUGUAUGUUUUGCAAAUGUGCAAACACACAGCACACACUACUGACGACAAGAACUCUUGGAUAGAAUAUUUUUUUGUACAACAUGAACAUAGACGACAUUGACUUUCCUGCUCUCUUGGCACGUGUGCAGGACGGUAGACGAGGGAAGGUGUCCACGAUCGCAAAUCUGGCAACCGCACCACCAUAAAUCCUACUGGUCACCCCUAGCUACCCUCCCCAGUAUGCAUCAGGACUUAAUAUUGGACUACCAAAACCCCUGCUUUAUAGCCCAGGAUACCCUGUUCUAAAGUUGAUUUUAUUUCUGUCCAAAUCAGCUCUCUGGUGUCACUGUUGACCCUUUCUCCUCUCUGAGAGGUAAUAUUUUUAUUCUCAAGGCUGAAAAGGUAAACAUAAGUGUCCUGACAAGGUUUUUAUAGCAGAGCAGCCAUGAUUUCUUGACAUUCUUGGCCAUCAACACACAUCCUUGAGCCGGAAAACAUCCUGUCUGUCCUAUCCUUGGCUCAUUUCUUGAUGUGCUGAUAUGGCAUUUAUAAUGGUCUCUCUGCGUCCCUGUUAUCACAAAGAUAAGUUAGAAAAACAUCUUGUUUCAUAUUCCACUUUCCUCUCAUACUCGCCAUUUACUUUCAUCAUCUUUUAUUUUACCCAUUCAAACUCUCUGUAGUUUCCGUCUUCUGUGUGUGUGUGUGUGUGUGUGUGUGUGUGUGUGUGUGUGUGUGUGUGUGUGUGUGUGUGUGUGUGUGUGUGUGUGUGUGU